GCAGCGGGAGAGAAAGAAGAAGAGCAAGAAGGAGACGAUCGACUGCCGCAACCGAACCACUGCGCACCGAGCCAACACAACACCCACCACAAUGGAGUGUGUUCCGGACCAUCGCCGUUUCCGUGCCUCGCAUCCCUGGCCCUCUCCGUUCGGAUUGGGAGCCUCCUCCCCCGCAUUCCAACCGGACCGCAGCAGCGCCCGGGGGACACCGCGCGCCGGUUCGGCAAAGCGCCAGAGGGGCUGGGAGCUUGACCACCCGCGGCACGAGCGAGUGGAAGAACCGGGGCAUUGUCCACCGGAACACCACGUCAUUCUUUCGUCUUCCCAGGAGGAGGAGGAGGAGCACGACGAAUCCCCGAUGCACCGCGGAGACGACGACUUCUUCUAUGGCGAGUUCCGACCCAGCGCCGGCAAGCGACAACGCUUGGCCCCGCCCCCCGGCGAGAUCGCCGACGUCCCGCCCAGAAGCAGCGAUGCGGAUCUCUCCCCGGAAGAGCCGCGGCUCGUCCCGAUGGAAGAUUGGUUUCCGGUUUCGGGAGAAGCCUUUGGAGACACCGACGCAAGCGAGCGCUUCGAGAGCGAGCACGAAUGCGAGCACGAAUGCGAGCACGAAUGCGAGCACGAAUGCGAGCACGAAUGCGAGCACGAAUGCGAGCACGAGUACGAGCACGAGCACGAGCACGAGCACGAGCACGAGCACGAGCACUCGGAGUGGUGGAAGAACCGCCCCCCCCCUGCAGGCCCCGACUCUUCGGUCUCCCGGCGGUGCGUCGUGGAGCAGGAGGCCCGGGCUUCCGGAACAAGGGGGCUUUCCCCCGGGGGCACCACCGAGGCCUCCUGCCACGUCUGCCACAGGGCCUUCCGGCUGCCCCCCCCGGCCCCUUUGGCGAGCGUCAUGCCCGCGAACGCCCUCCUGAACUACUUUGCCCCCCUCCGCCCGCAGAAGGGCCGCGACGYUCCCAUGGCCAAGGGGGCCCCCCUUCCGGCCUCCAAGGGGAUCUGCGCCUGCUGCGACCGGCCGGUCUGCAAGGGGUGCCGCAAGCGGUGCGGGGCCUGCGCCAAGCACUUUUGCUCCUUUUGCACCAUCACCGUGGGCGAGCACGAGGGAGAGGUCCCCGGGACCUUUUGCCUGGACUGCUGCUAGUYCCCGCCGCGGGGAUUUUCGGGAGUGUUGGGCGGUUGUGGGUUGCUCCGUCGAGCGAACCCAAAUACAAUACAUUGUGCAUG